AGUGGAGGAAGAAAGAGGCGGGAUAUGAGCGGAGCUCAGGACGGGCUGGUCGGAUUGUUCGCGGCCUGGCGGACUGUGUCAUGUUAGGGGAGAUGGAAAUGUAACGUUACGAAAUAUCUUUUCCUCCGAGGACGGAUUAUACCGUGCGUUAGUGGCGCGGAGCCCCUGCGAGGUCGCCAUCUUAUGAGAACGGUCUGCAAAGUUGGAUUAAAGCUCUUGGACCAGAGCUCGCUCCAUCAGGAAGAAGACAAACAGGGUAGACGGAGAGAAACCGGAAGUAACAGUGAGAGGCCAUGGCCUUCUCCAGCUACAGCAACCUGAGCAGAGCUCAACUUACCUUUGAGUACCUGCACACAAAUUCGACAACCCACGAGUUCUUAUUUGGAGCCUUGGCGGAGCUUGUUGACAAUUCAAGAGAUGCUAAUGCCACACGAAUAGACAUCUACACAGAAAAAAGGCCAGAGCUGCGGGGCGGCUACUUGCUCUGUUUUCUGGAUGAUGGUAUUGGAAUGGACCCAAGUGAGGCAACCCAUGUGAUUCAGUUCGGGAAAUCAAGCAAACGAUCACCUGGGUCCACACAGAUCGGGCAGUAUGGAAAUGGACUGAAAUCUGGCUCUAUGCGAAUUGGCAAAGACUUCAUCUUGUUCACAAAAAAGGGAAACACGCUGACUUGCCUUUUCUUGUCGAGGACUUUCCAUGAAGAAGAGGGACUAGAUGAGGUGAUUGUCCCUCUCCCUUCCUGGGAUCUGAAGACCAAGGAGCCGCUGUCCUCUGACCCGGAGAAAUAUGCCAUAGAGACCGAGCUGAUCUUCAAAUACUCGCCCUUUAAAAAUGUAGAACAACUGAUGGAACAGUUCAACAAAAUAGAAAGCAGCAGUGGCACUCUUGUGAUCAUCUAUAAUCUGAAGCUGAUGGACAACAGAGAACCAGAGCUGGAUGCAGAGACAGAUCACCAAGACAUACUGAUGGCUGGGACGCCUUUUGAAGGAGUGAAGCCAGAGAGGAGGUCGUUCAGGGCGUAUGCAGCUGUUUUGUACAUCGACCCACGCAUGAGGAUUUUUAUCCAGGGACACAAAGUCCGGACCAAAAGACUUUCCUGCUGUCUCUAUAAACCAAGGGUUUAUAAAUACUCAUCUACCCGUUUUAAAACUCGUGCUGAGCAAGAAGUCAAGAAAGCAGAUCACCUUGCUAAGAUCGCGGAGGAAAAGGCCAGAGAGGCGGAGAGUAAGCGAAUGGCUGUAGAGGCCGGAUUAGUGGAGGACCUGUCAAAAAAUUCACGGGCAAUUCUGAGAAAGGCUCAAGACUCCGCCAUGAUGCUUCUACGUGACGCUGACAUGAAGAAAAGGAUUCUCGAAGCCAAACAGAAAGCAUUAAAGGAGCCCAAAGAGUUGAAUUUUAUAUUUGGCCUGAACAUUGAACAGAGGGACCUUGAUGGGAUGUUUGUGUACAACUGCUCUCGUCUCAUCAAGAUGUAUGAGAAGACGGGGCCACAGCUGGACGGAGGCAUGGCCUGCGGAGGCGUCGUUGGUGUAGUGGAUGUCCCAUAUUUAGUUCUCGAGCCCACUCACAACAAACAGGACUUUGCAGAUGCUAAGGAGUAUCGACAUUUACUGAAAUCCAUGGGGGAACAUUUAGCUCAGUACUGGAAGGACACUAAUAUUGCCCAGAAAGGUAUCGUGAAGUUCUGGGAUGAGUUUGGAUAUCUGUCUGCCAGCUGGUCUGCACCGCCAUCAUCGGAGCAAAGAUACAAGAGACGUCGGGCCAUGGAGAUACCACUAACUAUUCAGUGUGAUAAAUGUUUGAAGUGGAGAACGCUGCCAUUCCAGAUGGAUGCUGUGGACAAACGCUACCCAGACAGUUGGGUGUGUCUCAUGAACCCUGACAGUGCUCAGGACAGGUGUGAUGCUCUUGAACAGAAACAGAAUUUGCCAUGUGGUGUUCUGAAAAAAGACAAGCAGACCGUUGAAGACAAACAGAAAGAGCUGGCAGAAAAGAUCAAACAGCAGCAGGAGAAAUUAGAGGUCUUGCAGAAAACCAGCACCAUCAAAUCUGAAGCCGAUGUGAAGAAGCUACCAAUGGAGGUUAGCAUGAAACCAACAGAGCGCUCCUCUCAGGCAACUAGAUCUUCUGAGAGAGCCAUAACACGGCCCCGCUCUCCACCACUUCCAGCUCACCUCAAAAAUGCCCUUAGUACCGCUCCAUCUCGUGCUGCUUCUCAGCGCCCCACUCGGACACCUGCUGCUCCUCCACCGCCACCGAAAGUGGAACCAUCCAGGUCUAGAGCUGCAACAAAGGCUCCGCCGCCUGCAGCAAAGCCUGCACCCAAAGCCAAAGCACCUCCAUCAAGCCGUAGCCCACGGACAUCUGCCAAAACAUCCUCUGCCAAAGCAGCAGCUGCUGGACAACGCAAGAGAAUUAUAGAGCUGGAGGACAGUGAGGAGGAAGAAGAGGAAGAAGAGGAAGAAGAGGAAGAAGAAGAGAACAGCAAGGAAGAAAGUGAGGAGGAAGAACCACAGACAAAGAAAUCCAAGCUGACUGCAGGAGCUGGUAACUAUGGGAAGGUGGUAGAGAAGACCCCACUUCCCAAACGUGGCAAGGCGGACGAGGUUAAAAUACACUCCCAUGCUGAGAGGAAAGGAGUGUCCACUCCUACACGAAAGACACCAACCACACCAGCCUCUGCCCCUAAAUCUGUUCCCACACAACAGCAUGGGCCUAUAGCCAAGGCACCUGAGAAGGCGCCACAACCAGACCCAGAGAACGACACAAAAAAUGUCCAGAAAGAUAAGGGUCUUCUGGUUGAAGUACGAGUCAAUAAGGAGUGGUACACGGGCAAAGUCAUUGCUGUCGAGGCAAACAAACAGAGUGUUCGUUGGAAAGUGAAGUUUGACUACGUACCUCGAUCGACCCCUAAAGACAGAUGGGUGUUUAAAGGUAGCGAUGAAGUCCGGUUGAUGCGGCCGCCAUCUCCAAUCUCUCAGACACCUGACACCCAGCAGGAGACGGAGAGGGGGCCGGCGCCCAUGGAGCCGGACACUACUCAGCCAGGAACCAGUCGAGAGGUGACCGACAGCCUGGUCAGCAUGUUGAGGACAAUGCUGCGAUACUUUUUCCCUCCUGCUUUUCGGAUUCCAAAGGACGAUGUUAACAGCAUGACAGCGGAGGAGUUGGUGGCCUUUCCUUUGAAAGAAUAUUUCCAGCAGUAUGAAUCUGGUCUCCAGUCGUUGUGUAACUCGUACCAGAGCCGAGCUGAUGCCAGGGCCAAAGCCGUGGAAGAGAAGAGCAACAGCGCUGAGGUCAAACUGAAGGAGGCAGACGAGAAACUACAGAAACUACGAACAAACAUUGUGGCACUUUUGCAGAAAGUACAAGAGGACAUUGACAUAAACACAGACGACGAGCUCGAUGCCUACAUAGAGGACCUCCUCACCAAGGGUGAUUAAAGAAGACCGAAAACAGAAGUAUACGAACGUGCACAUCAACAGACUGACGGGUCUUCAAGAACAUAUGAUUAUGUGCAGAGUUGGCUGUGAAUAUUUAGGAAUAUUUUCAUCGUUUAUCCAUCCACCUGUUGAAUCAGAUUGUCAUCAAUUUGAUCAUUGAUUUUGUUCCAGUGUUCAGGCUGCACCAGCACGCUCGCUGAGUUCGGGCCUGUUCUUUGGUGAUUCUACAUAGUUGGGUAGUCCCCUGGCUUGUGGUUUUCUUUUUAGUCCUUUUAUAUACUUGCUUAUAUACUGUAUGUUAAGCUAUGUUUAAGCCAUCCUGUCCUGAUUUGCCUUUGAAAUUAUUUGUGGGUAGGUAGGUUUAAUAGAGUUAAUGCUUCCUUUAUAUAGUCAUCUGCAUCAUGCUGUGACAAACUACAGACUACAUUUCUUUCUCAUUUUGGUCCAUUGUCAAGUGAGAACCGGAGGUGACUAAAGACUUUGGCUUGUAUGGGCUAUGCUCCACACUGCAACCUUUACUUAAACAUUAUCUUUUAUUUUUGUACACUAAAAACACACCAGUGUUGCUCAUUGACCUUCCUCAAUCCUGGUCUGCCUAAAAAGUAAACCAGGUAAAUAUUUUAUGGUUGGGUGAUGAACCACACCCACAAACUUGAACUACUUACUGGGUUUUAUCAGUAUUAGUAUUUCUUUAAAUCCCCCUGCAUUUACGCUACGACUGUUCUGUGUUUAUUUUUGGAAGAAGAAAAAAAAAUCUCAGUUUAAUGCUAAAGUUGUGUGUUCAUAAUUAUUCAGUGCCUGUGUCCUUUCUUUUGAUCAUAAUUUUAACAUGUCAUGGAAAUGUUUUAUUAAACGGUGCAUGCUCAGUCCUUUUGUUCUGAUUGGAACAAACAAUUCUGUAUUUUUGACAAAUCUUUACUUAAAAUAAUAAAACUGGUUCAGCAACA